AUGAUCCUCUUGCAGCAAGCUGGAUUUCCUCCUGCUCCUCCUGAGAAGGUCCCAUCGCUUCCUAUGUCAGUGGGCGCCAGGCCUGCAGCCAACUUGCGACUAUCCCCACAGAAACCUCUCGGACUGGGGCCGUCCUUGCCACUCGCACAAGAUGAGGAACUUGCUACAGGGGUGGAGCAGGACCCUGUGUUGGAGGAACUUUGUAAGCCUUUGUGCUGCAGGCUUUGUAACGUCACGCUGAAUUCUGCACAGCAAGCCCAGGCUCAUUACCAGGUGAGGAGGAAGCUGUGAACAUCAGCACUGCACAUCACUAAUAAUAAUAAUAAUAAUAAUAAUAAUAAUAAUAAUUUUAUUAUUUGUACCCCACACAUCAGACUAGGUUGCCCCAGCCACUAUGGGCAGCUUCUAACAAAUAUAAAGGCAUAAUAAAACGUCAAACAUCAAAAAUUUCCCUAUACAGGGCUGCCUUCAGAUGUCUUCUAAAAGACCUAUAUUAGUUUGUCUGUUUGACAUCUGCUGGGAGGGCGUUUCACAGGGCGGGCGCCACUACCGAGAAGGCCCUCUGCCUGGUUCCCUGUAACUUGGCUUCUUGCAGCGAGGGAACCGCCAGAAGGCCCUCAGAGCUGGACCUCCGUGUCCAGGCUGAAUGAUGGAGGUGAAGACACAGCACUUUGGAAGGGUGGAAAAGUUCACCUGGUGACACUGUGAUGUCAGGUGAUGGCCAGGUGGGUGGCUCCGCCCUCCUGUCUAACUUAGCUCAGUUUCAGGUUAAGAACAGACCUCCAGAACGAAUUAAGUACUUAACCAAAGGUACCACUGUACUGCUGACCUCCGCAGUCAGUUGCACAGCAUAAAAGGAAACAUCCUAAAAGAGGUUGUGUGUACAGAUGCAUUAUUGCACAAUGCGAGGCAUCUUGACAGAAACAUGUUGGGUAUAUCUUGAAUGUUAAAAUGUGCAAAAUGAGAUGAGGUUUUUGUGUGACUGAAAACUACAAUUGCAGUGUGUUUGACGUUUUACAUGACCAGUGGGAGGCUGUUUGUUCAACCAGUUUCUCUCUCUCUCUCUCUCUCUCUCUCUCUCUCUCUUUCUCUCUCUCUCUCUCACACACACGUGUGUGUGUAUUCUGUCCCUAGUAAAUUAAGUGUGGUAUAGUAGUUAGAGGCGGGUGGCGCUGUGGGUUAAACCACAGAGCCUAGGACUUGCUGAUCAGACGGUCGGCGGUUUGAAUCCCCAUGACGGGGUGAGCUCCCGUUGCUCGGUCCCUGCUCCUGCCAACCUAGCAGUUCGAAAGCAUGUCAAAGUGCAAGUAGAUAAAUAGGUACCGCUCCGGUGGGAAGGUAAACGGCGUUUCCGUGUGCUGCUCUGGUUCACCAGAAGCGACUUAGUCCUGCUGGCCACAUGACCCGGAAGCUGUACACCGGCUCCCUCGGCCAAUAAAGCGAGAUGAGCGCCACAACCCCAGAGUCGGCCACAACUGGACCUAAUGGUCAGGGGUUCCUUUACCUUUAGUAGUUAGAGGGUUGGUUGAAACGUGCUUGGUGACCUUGGGCCAGUCACUGUCUCUCAGGCUAACCUACCUGCAGGGCUGUUGUGAGGAUAAAACAUGGAGGAAGAAAACCAUGUUAUUAUUUAUUAGUUAUUAAAUAUGUAUAUUACCCUUCAUCCAUAGAUCUCAGGGCAGUAGCGCUGGGCAAUACCUGGUUUUCAACUUUGUGAUAUAUCACCAGCUAAACAUCACAAUAUAUUGAUAGAUCACGAUGUCUGAAAUAAGGAUGGAGCUAUGUAGAGUCAUUGGCUGGCUUCACGGUUUCCCCUGUGUUGUGAUUUUUGUAUAGCACACCUGUCAGGGAACUGACAUCGGAGCUAGAGGUGGAGGUAAGGCUCUCUAAUGAUGCUGGAGAAGGGCCCAGCAGGGAGAGAGGCAGCUCAGCAGAUGGGGAAGCAAUUCAGUGCAACACCAGGAAUAAGGAGGGGCAGAUGGGGGAAUCGGCGAGAGGGCUCCCAGACUCUUCACCGGACACCAGCGGGGAGAGCACUGGUCCUCCGCUACCCACGCCCUUCCUGCGCAGAGAAAGUAGGAGGAGACUGGGUGUCAAACAACUUUUAUGUUGGAAAAGGUUUAAGAAACGCCCACUGACGGAUUCUGCUAGCGACUGAGGCAGCCACGAAUUGAAGGGCUGUCCAGACAGAAAGGUUUAACAAGGCAACAUAGCCUGGAGAGGCGGCAACUUACGCACGAGCAACCCCAUACCAUUAUAACACCCACCCACCCACAUCAUGAUUCGCGAUAUAUUGCCAGUUUUGGACCAUAUAGCAAUAUAUUUCCCAGCCCUACAGGGCAGUUCACAACACCUAGAGCUCCUUGGAGGAAAGGUGGACUAUAAUAAACAAACAAAAUACAGUGGUACCUCGGGUUACAGAUGCUUCAGGUUACAUACGCUUCUGGUUGCUAACCCAGAAAUAGUGCUUCAGGUUAAGAACUUUGCUUCAGGAUGAGAACAGAAAUUGUGCUCCGGCGGCGCAGCAGCAGCAGGAGGCCCCAUUAGCUAAAGUGGUGCUUCAGGUUAAGAACAGUUUCAGGUUAAGUACAGACCUCCGGAACGCAUUAAGUACUUAACCCGAGGUACCACUGUAGGAUUGCCUAUUAAGUGAAAGAGUCCUACAACUGAUGACAGUCACAUUGUGCAGAUGAAGAUAAAGAACCUUUCCUCUCUCUUUUGAUUAAUAUUGACAGUUGAGGAUUGCAUCGACCUUCACAGUAAACCCCACCUGCAGCCGCCUUUUCUUGUCGCACAGCUAUAUGGCUGCCAUUGAAAGCUGUUAACGCAGGCUCUCUUUCCAGGGUAAAAACCAUAGUAAGAAACUUCGGAAUUACUAUGCUGCCAACAGCUGUCCAGCUCCUGCCAGGAUGAGCAGUUCUCUUGAGCCAGCCACCCAACCGGUGGUUUCCCUUCCGCUACAGGUGAGUUAGUUGUAUGGAGGUUUUGCUUUGCAGUGUGCAUUCCACAGCAUGUUGACACAGAAUAAUAGUAAUAAUAAUAAAUUUUUAUUUGUACCCCACCUUCCCCAGCCGGAGCCGGGCUCAGAGUAGCUAACAUCAUAUAAAUAAUACAAUAUGCAUAAAAACAAGCAAUCAAUUGAUUAAAAUGCAUCCCAAAAUUAAUUCAAAUAAAUUAAAAUUAAAACUGGACAAAUGAUAAUCCUCAGGUUAAAAUUGAAAGUGGUUAAUACUCGCCAGGACCAACUGUUUCCACUGAUAUUAUAAGGACCUGUGGGCGGGCUGGGAAACUUCCUUUGAGCUUGUUCUUAUACAAAGAGAGAAUGAGUCAGACUGAACCUUGGCCAAAGGCCUGGCGGAACAGCUCCAUCUUGCAGGCCCUGUGGAAGGAUGUCAAAUCUCGCAGGGCCCUGGUCUCUUGUGAGAGAGCCUUCCACCAGGCCGGGGCCACGACAGAAAAGGCCCUGGCUCUGGUUGAGGCCAGUCUAAUCUCCCUGGAGCCCGGAAUCUUCAGGGUGUUGUUAUUUGCAGACCGCAAGGUCCUGGGACAUACCAGGAGAGGUGGUCCCAUAGGUACAAGGGCCCUAGGCCGUAUAGGGCUUUAAAGGUUAAAACCAGCAUCUUCAACCUGAUCCUGUACUCCACCGGGAGCCAGUGCAGCUGGUAUAGCACCCGAUGAAUGUGCUCCCGCGGCGAGGACCCCGUAAGGUGUCUCGCCGCGGCAUUCUGCACCCGCUGGAGUUUCUGGGUCAGUUUCAAGGGCAGCCCCACGUAGAGUGAGUUACAAUAAUUAAGCCUGGAGGUGACAGUCACGUGGAUCACAGCGGCUAGGUCAGGGCAAGAGAGGUAAGGAGCCAACUGCUUAGCUUGGCGGAGAUGAAAAAAUGCCACCUUUGUUAUAGCUGCAAUCUGCUCCUCCAUAGAAAGGGAGGCAUCGAAGUACGUUCCACUGAGUUUGGCGGGGAUGUACUCCCUGGCCAGUGUCUAUGAGACAAGGAUGUACACUUGCCAUGUGCUUUUGUGCAUGCAUGUGUCUCAUUCCACACAGUUGAAAGCAGCCAUGCCUCUGAAUACCGCUUGCUGGAAGCUAUAGGAAGGAAGAAUGGUGUUGCCCUCAGGUUCUGCUUGCGGUUUCCCCCGGGGGUAUCACAUUGCCCACUGUGAAAACAAAAUGUUGAACCAGAUGGGGCUCUUCUUUUGUCCUUAUGAUGUAUUUUUAAAAAGGUACUUAUUGCUCUGCUCUGCUGACAGCUGCUUUGGUUUUCCUACAAAAAAGCAGGGUGGGAUUACAUGGGUGUAAUGGGGGGGGGCAGAGAGCAAAAUCUGCCAGUGCGGGGAGCAAAAUCAAACUCUGAAAAGGGAGGGUAGAGGCUAAUUUCACAUGCAAAAAUGUGAACGGUGUCUGCACAUUUUGUUUCAUAUCCCAGGGUUCUUCAAAUGCUAGCAAAUUACUCUUCCAAAGAAAACCCUGGGAACAGGGUGAUUAUGGGGGAAACGCUCUCCUUGCUGUGUCCCACAGACUCCCAUGCAUAAAUAUUGACAGCUAGAUAAUAUAUUAAAGGUGUGCCGUUCAGCUAGUAGAAGCCAGCACCAAGGACUCCUGCUACCAAAAGGGGGCUUCCCUUUCUCCUUCCCCCCACAUGUCUCCUGCACAAAUCUUCUCUGAAGAAGCGGGGGAACCCCCAGAACAGCACAUGAUGGGAGGAGAGGGGAGAUUACAGGCAAGCAGAAAGGCUUACACUGAUGAACACCCUCCUGGAUGCGACUUCCACACUCUGCAUUUUUAUUAUGUAAGUUGCAUCCUGGAGGUCCGUCGGGCAUGGGGUGGGGAGCUACCUCUUUCAUCUGGACCACAGCUGCUAUGCUGUGCUGGAAUAAUAAUAAUAAUAAUAAUAAUAAUAAUAAUAAUAUAUAUUAUUUAUACCCCGCCCAUCUGACUGGGUUUCCCCAGCCACUCUGGGCAGCUUUCAACAGAAUAUUAAAAUACAAUAGCCUAUUAAACAUUAGGGAUGCGGGUGGCGCUGUGGGUUAAACCACAGAGCCUAGGACUUGCCGAUCAGAAGGUCGGCGGUUCAAAUCCCCAUGACGGGGUGAGCGCCCGUUGCUCGGUCCCUGCUUCUGCCAACUUAGCAGUUCGAAAGCACAUCAGAGUGCAAGUAGAUAAAUAGGUACCGCUCCAGCGGGAAGGUAACGGUGUUUCCGUGUGCUGCUCUGGUUUGCCAGAAGCGGCUUAGUCAUGCUGGCCACAUGACCCGGAAGCUGUACGCCGGCUCCCUCAGCCAAUAAAGCAAGAUGAGCGCCACAACCCCAGAGUCGGUCACAACUGGACCUAAUGGUCAGGGGUCCCUUUACCUUUUUAUUAAACAUUAAAAGCUUCCCUAAACAGGGCUGCCUUCAGAUGUCUUCUAAAAGUCACGUAGUUGUUUUUCUCUUUGACAUCUGGUGGGAGGGCGUUCCACAGGGCGGAUGCCACUACCGAGAAGGCCCUCUGCCUGGUUCCCUGUAACUUGGCUUCUCGCGGUGAAUGAACCGCCAGAAAGCCCUCAGAGCUGGACCUAAGUGUCCGGGCAGAACGAUGGGGGUGGAGACGCUUCUUCAGGUAUACUGGACCAAGGCCAUAGAGAAGAUUCCACUGGCAUCCGUGGAAGGUGCCCUCCCAGGACAAUGUAAUUUAAAUGGAGGAGUUCAUGAGGACCAUGGUGCGAGGGGGAGAGAUUUUGCACCUGUUUUCCCCUUGUUUUAAACCAUGAUCCCUGGCUCUAAUGGAAUGAAAAGCCAGUAUUCUUUCAAGGUGAAAUUCUGGUAAAUUUUCUAGCCGGAGACAUGGGUGCCUGAAACUCAUCCGGACUCACCUAUGUAGUGCUAAACUAUGGUUUGGUGUAGCGUGCAAACAUGGCAGCGACGUGUGAUAUGGGAUGCUGCAAAAAAAUGACAUCCCACUAUCAAGGCCCCCCCCCUUGCCUCCAGAAACAUGUAGAAUCACUCACUGAGCGCCUGCAUUCCCCCAGUCCUAGCUAACCGUAGCCAGUGAUCCAAAGGAAAGGAAAACAUUUUUGGUGGGAGUAAAGAUUACAGUAGCUGAUGAGGUCAGCCACUGGGGGGAGACAAUUUCUUAUGUAAAUUUUUUUAUUAGAUCCUGCUGUAAAGCCGUUGAUCACUCUGAUUGCAACUGUUUUCUCCCAUCACAUAGAAGUAAAUGGGAGCCAUUCAUGCCUAUGGGCACCAUUUAUGCUUAUGGGUGAAUGCAGAAAAGUGUAGGGCAAAAGAAAUUGCCAACCAGAGUUGUUCACCAACGAUCAACCAACACACAAGCUGUAAAAAACAAUAUUAUAACCACUUAAAUUUACAUUUCCUUCUAAACACUGUUAGAAGCCAGUAUAGACUGUACAAUGACUGCAACCUAGCAUAACUGUAAUAUUUUAAAAUUGACAAUAGUACCAUUUCUGUAGCCCGGGUCUUAAUUGGCCAUUAAAUGCCAAAGCAAAAAGGUCGUUGAGGUUCACUGAAAAGUACUGAGGAAUGGGGCUUGUGCUAAGGGGCAGGUUGUUAAGGCCUAUUUAAAUAGACUUUGGAAUGGGGCUUGGCCGACAUUGCACGGAAUCGAUUUCCACAGUUGUGGAGCCACCACUGAAAAGGCCCUGUACCGUGUGCCUGUCAGGCCUGGAGUCAGACACACGGUCAGUACAAUGGACACAGGGCUCCAUUAUCAGUGAAGUUAACUCUUUAUCUGACAAAACAGUAUAUAGCUCAGCAACACUUCCCAGUAGGUCUUUAUGGAGCAAUUGUCAGGAAUGAAGGUACUUAUGGCUCCUCCUCUCUCAGAUGUAUCCUAAGCAGUCUCAAACUACGUCUGCGCACCUCUGGCCUCUGUUCAGCUCUCCUCAUUAUUCUGUGUGUUAUGGGAGACUGGUGGGAGGGGAGCAUGUUGCAGCAGGAGAGGGAGACUCCCUGGAUUCUUCAGCAGUCUGUUGACCCUCCUCAUCUGCUUCAGCCUCGGAGUCUGAACUGCUCCCUGUCACCGACUCCUUCUGCCCAUUUAACCCUGUUGCCCCUCCAGUGACCGGCACCUCCUCCCUCCUCCAGUCUUCUCCUCUCCUAAGUGUCCCACCACCAAUCCCCUGACUCUGAGCCUUCCUCCUCUGGGGGUUCCCCGGCUGGUGCCUCCCACCACUCUUCUUCAUGCAGCCAGUCCCUGAGAAUGCCCACCACCGAAUGAAUAAGUACAAGAACAUCCGUUUUGAAGAAUGAGCCACGUUGGUGUGCCUUAAUGCCUUUCCCCCCCUUUCUGACCAGGGCGCUUCCUCAAAACCAGGAGGGCGGGUGAUCCUGGCAACAGAAAACGAUUACUGCAAAUUGUGUGACGCUUCGUUCAGUUCACCGGCUGUGGCCCAGGCUCACUACCAAGGGAAGAAUCAUGCGAAGAGGUUGCGCCUGGCUGAGGCUCAAAACAACGCAUUCUCGUAGGUAUUACUGAACUUCUUUGAGAGUGAGGGGUUGUGAUUGGAAUGGCUUUUGCUAACCUUGUCUGGUGACACCUGUAAAAUAUAUCUCCUUGUUGUCUUCCCACACCCCUGCUCCUCCUCCUCCUCCUCCUUCUUCUUCAUGUCUUCACAACACUAGGGAGUCAUCAGAAGUGGUGGGCAAAAGGAAGAUGCGGAAAGUAGGGAACGAAUACAAGAUGAUGCAGAGCAGACGAAACGUCUAUGCCGUCCAGAGUAACACAGGUACUUCCCAUAUUUGCUGUUGUGGCUAAAAAUUAGCCGCUGUUUCUUUAAUACAAAAAGAAACUGAGUCAGCAUGACUCAUGAAACCUUUCACCUACAUAAGAUAAGGCCAUCCUGCCUCCGCUUGGAACUGACAAGGCCAUCCAUUAAGCCUUCAUGGGUUGAUAAAGGAGAAGGCUCUGUUUAUGCAGCUGGGUUUGUGUUAUACAGCUCAAGCUAAUGGAUUUUAGCUAAUGACCCUGAAGAAAGAAUUUGGCAAUUUUGGGGCCCUGGUUCAGGUGACUGCACAGUCAGAUUUUAGUAACCUGUUCCCUCAUAUAUGCUUGUAUAUAGGGUGGUCAUUGAUGGUCUGUUUGUGGCGUGGGUUGGGUUGGUCAGAAGGCUGAAAGCUGGUUGCCUUAAUAUGUAUAAAGCUGUCGGUCGUGGUGGGAUAAGAAGACUUUUAAGAAUAAAAGCAGCAAUACUCUGUAAAGAUACUCUUUCUCAAGGACUCUUUUGUGCCAACUAAGGUCUGAGGACCAGGCGAAGGAGUCAAAGGAGGUCAGAACCUUUUCUUUUUCAAACACUGACAAUUUGCACCCUAUUCAGUGUGUGUUAUUUCUAGCUGAAGCUAGAGAACUCCUUUUACGCGAUAGCAGAGCCGGGUUAGGGAUGAGAGGCCUUGUGAUUCCAGAAUCAUUGCAACCAAUUACCAGUUCUACAUCCAUAGCUGAAGCUGUAGCCUGGAACAGAGCAAGUGGGAGGUUUACUAAUAUAAUAGGGCUGGGCAGGUACCCCCCCACCUGCCCUGUGGCCCUCAGAUCACAGCAAUUUAUCCCGUGCUGCACCACAGAUCCAUCCCCAAAACAAUUCAGGGAGGAGUCUGUCAGGGCUAAAAUGGCCGCUGUUUCUUUAAUGCGAAUAAAGCUGGGUCAGCAUGACUCAGCGGCCUGCUCCAAGUUGUAUAUAUAGAGUGAGAAAUGUUAGUUUGCUGAGGCUGGUGUUUGGGUUGGUUGGUUGUUUAGUGCUGGUGUGUAUAGUUAUUCAGUUGUGUUGUGCACAAAGACUUUUAAUAAUAAAACUCUGCAAGGAUAUUCUCGUGGACUCUUUUUGUGCCGACAAGGGUCCGAGGACCAGGCUGAGGAGACAAAGGGAGGUCAGAACCUUUUCCUCCUUUUUUUGCUUUUUACAAACACUGACAGAGUCAGGCUAAGUUGUUGUUGUUGUGAUGACACUUUAAAGGCUGACAUUCAUUACAACAUAAACUUUGGUGGGCUACAGUCUAAUAAUAAGAAUAAGAAUUGUACCCCGCCCAUCUGACUGGGUCGCUCCAGCCACUCUGGGCAGCUUCCAGCAUAUACAGAAACAUCAUCAAACACCAAACAUUUAAAAAUUCCCGAUACAGAGCUGCCUUCAGAUGUCUUCUAUUUUUUUUUUAAUGAUAUUUAUUGCUUUUAAACCUUACAAAAAGAAGAAAAGAAAAGAAUAAAGAAAGGAAGGAAGAAAAAAAGCAAAAGAGAAAACAAUACAAUAUAUAAACAAUACAGAACGCAACAUUAACAUUAAUACAUUAUACAAAACAAAAGCAAAAACAAUUCAAAAAACACACAUCAUACCAUCUCAAUAUCCUCUCUUUCAGUCCCUUGUUUCAUCGACCUCCUCUCACCUCCCUUUUUGUAUUCCAUUUCUAUUAAUUGUUUCAGCAAAUCCUUUCCAUCUUUCUCUAUUUUCUGUCAUGUAAUUAUCUUAACAUAUUUUAACCUUAUUUUCCAUUAAUACUAUAAUACUUAUUUAUACUUAAUUCCUUAAAAUAUUUCUACUAAAGCCAUAUAAUUCCCUUCCAACCUUUUUUAAACACUCAUUAAUUUUACAUUAUUUCCAUAUAUAGAUUUUAAACUUUUUCCAAUAUUCUUCCACCGUCUCUUCUCCCUGGUCUCGGGUUCUGCCAGUCAUUUCCGUCAAUUCCAUAUAGCCCAUCAACCUGGUGAUCUUCUGUCUGAGGCUCUUAACUCUUUUCCAGGUCCCUUCUGCAAGUCUUCUUCAUAUUUAUACAUGCACUUUACUUUGUCUGCUCCUGAUCUUGUUCUUAUUUUCCUUCCUUUGAUGCUGAAAAAUAGAUCUCCGGGAAAUUCCCAUCUAGCAAUGUUUUUAUUCCUUCUCGACAAGUCAGCCAAAUCUCCAUAGUUAGAACUGAAAUUCAAAAGAUAUUUCCAGUCGUGUUUCAAAGUUCCUCCAAGUCUGGCAGUCCCCACAACUCCAGUCUCCUCCUGACCCAAGUCCAGGUCCCAGAGGUCAAUAAACCCCUGCAUGAUGGGAUCUAUCCAACUUUCUUUCUCCAGUCCAAGCGGGGCUCCAAUCCUAAAAGUCUGACUUUCUCUAAAUUCAGUCUUGAAAGGCAUCAACUUAUAAUCAUCAAAUUGCAACUGUAAGGCUGGGGCUCUCUCCCUCUCCACUUGUGCCACUUUAGGUUCCACAGCAAAAACUUUCUCCCCCGCCUUCUCCUCAAUUUGCCAUGUCAAAAUAGAUCCCUGUAUCGAUUCCUGAAUAAUUUCUGUAUUAAUAUUUACUUUUGGUGCCAAAUUAGUCACUUUUAGUUCCAAGUUAUCAAUUUUUAUAGUCCUCGCAUCCGUCUUCUUAUGAAGCUGUUCCAAUGAAUCAUUAAUCUUACAUAAUGCAACCACUAAGGCUUCUUCUGUCAACAUUCUUAACGGUCCAAGGUCAAUCCCAGAUUCUCACAGUUUUAUCUUGCAGGUGGAAAUUCCCAGCUCAGCUCUUGUAACAAUUUCAAAGGCUUCCUCUAGGGGGAAACAAUUUCUAAUUGUAUCAAUCCUUUUAAGCACAGUUCAAACAAUAAAGUUAGUUUCAAUUUUCAGUUACUUUUACUCCUUUUUAAACGCAGAAGGAGACAAUGGAAACAAUGUAUUUCUCUUCUUUAACUUACUGUCAGCAGACGAUCUAUUCACAGUCAAUGAGCAUAUCCAAAAUUUCAAUCUUACUAGCAGCCCGUUUCCAGGUUCAGAGCGGUGGUAAUUUGACUUUCUUCACUCUCUCCUGCAGGCUUACGCGAUCUUAAAUUUCCCCCCUCUUCUCCUGCUUCCAAGGGGGGUUUGAUGAUUUAACCGAUGGAAGUUUAAUCCUUUGUGAAAGACUUUCCAAGGCUUUAGCUUGCAGCCUCUUUGCUUCAAUCUAUUUACAAAAGGGGAAGGCGGACUUCCUGUUUGAAACCUCCCGUUUCGGUGCCAAAUUAAGACGUUUAAAAAUCCAAUUUUCCGUUCUACUCACGGGUAGUUGUUUUAAGAUCAAAUUUUCCACAGGAAAAGUCAGCGCUCUCCUGCAACAGCAAUGCGGCUUCACUCCGUGAAAGAAGCAGUCGAUUCGAGCACCGCGCCACUCACCCCACGUCGCUCCGGAUCCCCGAAACCGGGUUUCCCCGCGAGUAGGGGAGGCGCAAAAGGUGCCAGCCGAAUCCCACGUCCACAAGCUUCUCCCGCCUGUGGUUUUUAGUGGGUCUCCACCUUCGCCGUGGCGGCCAGACCCUGAUUUCCACGGAGCGGAUUCCUCCCAAUCAGAGGAAUUCCGCCAUUGCUGGAGGCGCUAACCUGGAAGUCCCGCCUUCAGAUGUCUUCUAGAAGUCGUGUAGUUCUUUAUCUCCUUGACAUCGGUUGGAAGAGUGUUCCACAGGGAGGUUGCUGCUGCCGAGAAGGCCCUCUGCCUGGUUCCCUAGAUUCAUGAACGGUUAAAGUUUAUGCCACAAUCAAGUUUAUUUGUUUACUUUCUUAAUUUCUAGUCCAUCUUUCCCUCCAAGGAGCUACAGGUGGUGUUUCUGGUUCCUCCUCCCCAUUUAAUCCUAACAAUAACCCUGCGAGGUAGGUUAAGCUGAGAGAGUGACUGAUUUGAAGGUCAACCAGAGGAAUUUGUGGCCAAGUGGGGAUUUGAACCCUGGUCUCCCAGGUCCUAGUCCACCCUGACUCAGUUGUAUAUUGUUUUGGCUGCAGCGAAGAGAUGACUCGCUCAGCUUUGUUGUUUAGUCGUUUAGUCGUGUCCGACUCUUCGUGACCCCAUGGACCAGAGCAUGCCAGGCACUCCUGUCUUCCACUGCCUCCCACAGUUUGGUCAAACUCAGCUUCGAGAACACUGUCCAACCAUCUUGUGAUGGCCUGGGAAUCCGAUUCAGAGGCUGAACCGGAGGAAUCCCAGCCUGCGCAGGAGUCCCCGCCUCCAGGGCCGGCUGAACUGGGGCAGGGCCUUGAUUCUGAAGCACCUGCACCUGUGCCGGAUCCUCAGGAGCCGGCACCAGGUGAAUCCAUUCUGGCUCCAGAGGUGGUUGAGGACUCAGUGCCUACAGGUGAGUCUCCCCCUGGGCCCAGUAACCCUUCAGCCUCUCCUGAACUGCAGCGGCUCAGGGCAGAGAGGCGAAGGGAACUGGUUUCUCCCAGGAGGAGUGCUCGCCUUAAGGCCAGGAGAGGCGGGUCUCCUGGGGGCCGGGACCGCCCCUGGCCUCAGAGAAGAUAAAGGCCAGUCAGCCCGGUCCCAGGUUGCGGGAGCAACGUCAUCGCUGAGUACCUGCUCCUACCCAGACCCAGACCUGACCUUCCAGUGUUCCUGUCCCUGCCCGGCUUCCUGCUUCUGACCUUCCAGUGUUCCUGUCCCCGCCCGGCUUCCAGCUUCUGACCCUCCAGUGUUCCUGUCCCCGCCCGGCUUCCUGCUUCGGACCUCGCCUCGCUCCUUGUGAACUGUUUCCAGGCUAGUGACUCAGGACUGGACUUUGACUAUGACAACGGUAACCUUCCCCCCGGGACCAGCACACAUCUCGUCCUCUGUCGUCCACUUCUCCUUGUGCCCUCAAUUUCCCCAACAUCAGGGUCUUUUCCAGGGAGUCUUCUCUUCUCAUGAGGUGGCCAAAGUAUUGGAGCCUCAGCUUCAAGAUCUGUCCUUCCAGUGAGCACUGAGGGCUGAUUUCCUUCAGAAUGGAUAGGUUUGAUCUUCUUGCAGUCCAUGGGACUCUCAAGAGUCUCUUCCAGCACCAUAAUCCAAAAGCAUCAAUUCUUCGGCCAUCAGCCUUCUUUAUGGUCCAGCUCUCACUUCCAUACAUCACUACUGGGAAAACCAUAGCUUUAACUAUACGGACCUUUGUUGGCAAGGUGAUGUCUCUGCUUUUUAAGAUGCUGUCUAGGUUUGUCAUUGCUUUUCUCCCAAGAAGCAGGCGUCUUUUAAUUUCAUGGCUGCUGUCACCAUCUGCAGUGAUCAUGGAGCCCAAGAAAGUAAAAUCUCUCACUGCCUCCCUUUCCUCCCCUUCUAUUUGCAGGAGGUGAUGGGCCCAGUGGCCAUGAUCUUGGUUCAUGAUCUCGCUCAGCUACCCCUCUGAAAAUAAAAGCAAGCGGUAAACCGACAGCCAACAUGACGUGGGGCUAAUGCAGCUUGCUUCAUUUCCAAUGGGUGCUGGUUGUGGGCUAAGUUAUUAUUUGAAGGGUUUUCAGAUCCUUACAAACGAUGGGGUGUGCAGGUUUUCAGACAUAUGCAUGCACACACAGGAGGAUCCUGUCUUACACACUGCUGAUUUUGCUCCUUCACAAGUGUCUUGCACUGUGCAGAGGUGUCGUCCAAGACUAUCCCUGAUCCCAAGGUUGAUGAAUGCUGCCCAGGCAUUGUGAGGUAGAUUGGAAGAGGGAGGGGAGGAGAGUUGGCUCGGUGGUGGAGAGCCAAAGAGAAAUUGGGGUUGGAAUGCAUGAGAAACACUAAAGAGAACAAAUGUUCUUCUGGAGGGAAGGUAGCAGAGGCCGGAGUCUUGUAUUUCUUUUUGUAAUUUCUUUAAAAGAAAAAUAUUCUUGUGCCUUUUGGCUUUGCGAAGGCUUUGUCCUGAGGUUUCCAAAGCUUAAGAACCUGGGCAGUUGGCGCUGCAGAAAAUGAGCAUUAAAGACUUAUUUGUCUGAUUUUCUCUCCCCAUGACUCCUGUCUGCCUUCCUGUCUUUGCCCUCACAGCAUCCAAAGUUUGCUUGGGUAUGUCUGCCUAUUAGUGAGCCUUGGUUUCUCACUCCAGAACUUAAUUUGCCAUCUGCCCUUCUCGGAUGCUGCUCUGAGCGGGGGCAAUUUUCUGCUCAGUUUCCUUGGCGCCAGGCCAGGUCAUUUGACUCCUGGAUCCUCUUCGUUCUGCCGUCGUCCAGAAAGACAGAGCUGGUUAGCCACCCUCCAAGGCCAUCUGCUGUGGGAAUCCUUUUCACCUCCAGCAUUUCCGGAGCGGAAUUUUUAAUAAACAAUCCAGGAGACAGACAGUUUGUUUACUUGUUUUGAGUGGGUCAAGAGGUGCUCUAGCUUGAUCAAGACGUAACUGAAAUACGUUUAGAAAGCUUUAGGCUCACUGGAGUGAUCUUGGUUUAAUUGCAUGUAUUUAUUUAUUAUACCUUUUAGGACCAUCCCUGUGAUGUCCCUAAGAAUAGAGCCCCUGAAAUGAAUGGACCUAAGUUAUACAUAUCCUUUAUUUUCAAUGGGUCUGCUUUGAGUAGGAUUAACAUGGGAUGCAACCCAAUGCAGAAUUAAAGUCAGAACAGGUUGGAUGGCUGUCUGUCAUGGAUGCUUUAGUUGAGAUUCCUUCUGUCUCUACAGUUCUGUGAUUCUAUUAGAUGAUAAUAAUAAUAAUAAGAAGAAGAAGAAGAAGAAGAAGAAGAAGAAGAAGAAGUUUAUACCCUGCCCAUCUGGCUGGGUUUCCCCAGCCACUCUGGGCAGCUUUCAACAGAAUAUUAAAAACACGAUCAAACAUUGAAAACCUCCGUAAACAGGGCUGCCUUCAGAUGUCUUCUAAAAGUCAGAUAGUUGUUUAUUUCCUUGACAUCUGAUGGAAGGGCAUUCCACAGGGUGAGCGGCACUACUGAGAAGGCCCUCUGCCUGGUUCCCUGUAACCUCAUUUCUUGCAGUGAGGGAACCACCAGAAGGCCCUCGGCGCUGGACCUCAGUGUCCAGGUAGAACGAUGGGGGUGGAGACGCUCCUUCAGGUAUACUGGACCGAGGCCGUUUAGGGCUUUAAAGGUCAGCACCAACACUUUGAAUUGUGCUUGGAAACGUAUUGGGAGCCAAUGUAGGUCUUUCAGGACCGGUGUUAUAUUGUCUCGUCGGCCACUCCCAGUCACCUGUCUAGCUGCCGCAUAGACUGCAAAAGGCCAUAAUGUAUCACAAAAGAUGUUUCCUACCUGCACAGAGGCUUCUUGCAGUGCAAGGAGGCUGAAACAGUGUCUUCUUGCUCACGGGACAUGCCUGAUUUAUGUCCAUGCCUACUAGUUGUCCACAGACAGAUGUGAAACAUGCAUAAAACCCACUAUGCGUAAGACAAACGGCAAAAUGAAUAGACCAUGCCCAAUGUAAGAAUUGGUCUGCGUGACCCUUGGGGUCCCUUCCAACUCUAUGAUUUUGUGUUUCUUGUAUUGUACUUUUCUGUUGUGAAUUGCCUUGAGGUCAACUGAGGAAGGGCGGUAUACAAGGUUAAUAAAUCAGCAUCAACAACGUAUGGUGAGGACAGGGUGCUGCACCAUGCAGAUGGGCCUUUGACCUGAUCCAGUGCCUGGACUUUUUCUAAGAGCCAGUGUGGUGUAGUGGUUAAGAGCGGUAGACUUGUAAUCUGGUAAACCGGGUUCGAUUCCCCGCUCCUCCACAUGCAGCUGCUGGGUGACCUUGGGCCAGUCACACUUCUCUGAAGUCUCUCAGCCCCACUCACCUCACAGAGUGUUUGUUGUGGGGGAGGAAGGGAAAGGAGAUUGUUAGCCGCUUUGAGACUCCUUCAGGUAGUGAUAAAGCGGGAUAUCAAAUCCAAACUAUUCUUCUUCUUCUUCUAAGGUUUUUGGCCAGGGUGAACUGGGCCCUAAGACCUCUCUCUGGCAGGACAUGAAUGACCUUUCCCUUCCGCUCCCUCCCCUCUUCCUGCAGGCCCUUAUUUCAACCCUCGCUCCCGCCAGCGGAUCCCGCGCGACCUCGCCAUGUGCGUCACCCCCAGCGGCCAGUUCUACUGCUCCAUGUGCAACGCCGGCGCCAGCGAGGAGGCCGAGUUCCGGCAGCACCUGGAGAGCAAGCAGCACAAGAGCAAAGUGUCAGAGCAGCGCUACAAGAACGAGAUGGAGAACCUGGGCUACGUACAAUGA